AUGGACCACAGCAAGCCCAGUGACCAUGGCAACCACCACGGCCUCCUCCAAGGCCACCACCACCAGGGUCUCCACGGCAACCAGCAUGGUCACCACGACGACCAGGAGAAGCACGGGGACCAUAGCAACCACCACGGCAACCAGCACGGUCACCACGGCGACCACAGCAAGGCUGGGGACCCUGCCAAGCCCCACGGCCUCCUCCAUGGCAACCUCCACGGGCACCAUGGCAACCACAGCCACCAUGGCAAUCAUGCCACCAUCCUACACAGCAACUCCCACGGGCUCCAUGGCAACCAGCCCGGGGACCACAGCAAGCACAGCCACGUCCCUGGCAACCACCUGGAGGGUCCCCAUGGCAACCAACACCUGCACGGCAACCACUAUGGCAACCAUGGCAACCACCACGCUGAGCCACCCCACAAGCACACACAUCUCCAUGGCAACCAGCCCGAUCAUCCCUGGGGACAGCGCCCCGGCCACCACAAGGACGGGGACGAGGAGGAGGAGGGCGAGGAGGAUGAGCACGAGGACCUUGAGGAGCACAAGGACACCCUGGACCUCAAGG